AUGUAUGAGCUUGGUUGCAAAAUAAAAGCAUGUGACCAACAAACAGAGUUGAAAGAACAGGCAGACCUCAUGUGUCAACUUGGCCAGUUAUACAUCACAUCAGCAGAGACCUCGGAAAUCUGGUAUGAACACUAUAUUUGGUCAUGUGCACUAUAUAAUGCAGCAAAGUGUAGAAUUGAGAAGCUGAAUAGCAAACAAGCUGAUGGCACAUAUAGAACCCUUGCAGAUAACUCAUUGGAAUGUAUUGACCAACAGCUCCAACUAAUAGAGGAUAACUUUGUACAAAAGUGUUCUCCUGCAAACUGUAGUGAUGUGCCAACCAAAGUGUCAACAAUGAAGUACAAAGAAGCAUUGGAAAAGAUACGUGAGUACUCUAACAUUACUGUUAAUGACAUCAUCAAGGAGAACAUGAUAGUUGAUGAUGUGACCACAAGGAUGAAAGAAGAAGAUGAAGACAACACAAUACAGCAAAGUAAAAGGUUCUAUAGUGGAAUAACACAACAGCUCCUAAAUUUUUAUCGGUCAAUCAUCAAAGACUGUAUUUCUGUUUUAGGAAACCCUGAUUGUCAUUUUGCAUUUAUAGCACUUGGUUCCCUGUCUCGUCAAGAGGUCACAGCAUACUCUGACCUAGACUGGGCAAUAUUGUAUGAUCCUUUAGAUAAUCCGGUUGAACAUGUCAAAAUGCAAUUGCGUAUGAUAGCCUAUUACAUGCACUUGAAGGUUCUUAACCUUGGGGAAACUUUGUUACACUGUUUAAACAUACCUGUUCUGACAGAUUUCAAUAACCAAUUACCAUCUGACAUGAAAGACAAUUUCUUCUAUGACACAGCAACCACAAGGGGAGUGUCUUGUGAUGGAACACAGCCACAUGCAAGCAAGACAGCAAUUGGUAGGAAGUGUAGAAGGUAUCCUUACAAACCUCCCAAGCUUGAACUUAUCAUGACUGUUGAUAAUAUGAGUAAGUUUCAGUUUACAGAAGAAUCGGUAAAGGAAUAUGAUCUUAGUGACAUCCUCGCGAUAUCAACUCUUAUAACUGGAGACUAUGCUUUAUGGAAGGAGUAUAAUGAAAAAGUACACUCCAUAUUGACAUCACCAUCUGAAACCAAUCCAGACAUCACAAUGGGUAGAGAACGCGCAAUGUGGAGACUGAAAGAACACUUAGCACAAAAUGAAAAACCUCUGUCAUCAAAAUCAUUCAUAAGGAAAAUGCAUACAAAUCAUGAUGUCUACAGAUUUGCUACAAUCACUAUCAACAUUCUAAAGCUUAUGCAUGGAUGUACAGCAUGUGCUCCAUUAGACGUGUUAGAGGAACUGCAACAUAAGGGUAUCCUGACAGAAAGAGCAAUGAAGGAUCUACAACUGAUGGUGGUCUCUGUCAUAAAUCUUAGACAUAUGUUCUAUGGUACAUAUAAGCAACAGAAGGAGCUCAUAUCUUUCUUCCAAAGUGAAUUGGUAGGAAAUGAAAAAAUAGAAGUAAUACCAGUAAGAAGUUAUACAGCCAUACUACGUUUUUUUAACACAUUUUUACCAUGGUGUAAAUUCCUCAAAUCAAACUUGAAUGUGAGUGGUAACUGGGCUUAUAGUAAGAGAUAUUUUGAAGGGAGCAAUGAAGUAGAAUCAAAAUUAUACAGCAACAUCGCCUUCUUUCAGAGGACAUUGCAUGCAUACCAAAGAGAGUUAAAAAUACUUCAAAGCCUUGAUACAGGAAGGCAAGAGAGGGAAAUGGCUUCUAUACAGACUGCAAUAGGUUUACUGUAUCAUUCACAAGGGUGCUAUUCAGACGCACUACAACAUCACAAUGACAGUCUGAAAAUAAGAAGAAAAAUCAAUGAUAUAAAUGGCCUCUCUAUGUCAUUGAAUAACAUAGGCAAUGUGUAUAAUGCCAUGGGACAUAAGAAUGAAGCACUGAAAUAUCAUCAAGAGAGUCUUACAAUGAGAAGAGUAAUCAACCAGGACAGUCCCCAUUCAGAUGUUGCUUCAUCACUGAACAACAUAGGUUGUGUGUAUAAUGACAUGGGAGAUAAGACUAAAGCACUGGAAUAUAAUAAAGAGAGUCUUAUAAUGAGAAGACUCAUCCACAAGGACAGUCCCCAUCCAGAUAUUGCUAAAUCACUAUACAGCAUAGGCAAUGUUUAUGCUGAGAUGGGAAAUAAGAUUAAAGCACUGGAAUAUCAUCAGGAAAGUCUGACAAUGAGCAGAUUAAUCCACCAGGAAAACCCUAACACCGAUGUUGCUAGUUCACUAUACAGCAUAGGCAACCUUUAUGCUGAGAUGGGAGAUAAGAUUAAAGCACUGGCAUAUCAUCAGGAAAGUCUGAAAAUGAGCAUAUUAAUCCACCAGGACAACCCUAACACCGAUGUUGCUAGUUUACUAUACAACAUAGGCAAUGUUUAUGCUGAGAUGGGAGAUAAGACUAAAGCACUGGCAUAUCAUCAGGAAAGUCUGAAAAUGAGCAUAUUAAUCCACCAGGACAACCCUAACACCGAUGUUGCUAGUUCACUAUACAGCAUAGGCAAUGUUUAUGCUGAGAUGGGAGAUAAGACUAAAGCACUGGCAUAUCAUCAGGAAAGUCUGGCAAUGAGCAGAUUAAUCCACCAGGACAAUCCUAACUCAGAUGUUGCUAGUUCACUAUACAGCAUAGGCAACCUUUAUGCUGAGAUGGGAGAUAAGACUAAAGCACUGGAAUAUCAUCAGGAAAGUCUGACAAUGAGCAGAUUAAUCCACCAGGACAACCCUAACACCGAUGUUGCUAGUUCACUAUACAACAUAGGCAAUGUUUAUGCUGAGAUGGGAGAUAAGACUAAAGCACUGGAAUAUCAUCAGGAAAGUCUGAGAAUGAGCAGAUUAAUCCACAAGGACAACCCUAACACCGAUGUUGCUAGUUCACUAUACAACAUAGGCAAUGUUUAUGCUGAGAUGGGAGAUAAGACUAAAGCACUGGAAUAUCAUCAGGAAAGUCUGGCAAUGAGCAGAUUAAUCCACCAGGACAACCCUAACUCAGAUGUUGCUAAAUCACUAUACAGCAUAGGCAAUGUUUAUGCUGAGAUGGGAGAUAAGACUAAAGCACUGGAAUAUCAUCAGGAAAGUCUGACAAUGAGCAGAUUAAUCCAUCAGGACAACCCUAACACCGAUGUUGCCAGAUCACUAUACAGCAUAGGCAAUGUUUAUGCUGAGAUGGGAGAUAAGACUACAGCACUGGAAUAUCAUCAGGAAAGUCUGACAAUGAGCAGAUUAAUCCACCAGGACAACCCUAACACCGAUGUUGCCAGAUCACUAUACAGCAUAGGCAAUGUUUAUCCUGAGAUGGGAGAUAAGACUAAAGCACUGGAAUAUCAUCAGGAAAGUCUGACAAUGAGCAGAUUAAUCCACCAGGACAAUCCUAACUCAGAUGUUGCUAAAUCACUAUACAGCAUAGGCGAUGUUUAUGCUGAGAUGGGAGAUAAGACUAAAGCACUGGCAUAUCAUCAGGAAAGUCUGAAAAUGAGCAUAUUAAUUCACCAGGACAACCCUAACACCGAUGUUGCUAGUUCACUAUACAGCAUAGGCAACCUUUAUGCUGAGAUGGGAGAUAAGACUAAAGCACUGGCAUAUCAUCAGGAAAGUCUGAAAAUGAGCAUAUUAAUCCACCAGGACAACCCUAACACCGAUGUUGCUAGUUCACUAUACAACAUAGGCAAUGUUUAUGCUGAGAUGGGAGAUAAGACUAAAGCACUGGCAUAUCAUCAGGAAAGUCUGAAAAUGAGCAUAUUAAUCCACCAGGACAACCCUAACACCGAUGUUGCUAGUUCACUAUACAACAUAGGCAAUGUUUAUGCUGAGAUGGGAGAUAAGACUAAAGCACUGGCAUAUCAUCAGGAAAGUCUGGCAAUGAGCAGAUUAAUCCACCAGGACAACCCUAACUCAGAUGUUGCUAAAUCACUAUACAGCAUAGGCAAUGUUUAUGCUGAGAUGGGAGAUAAGACUAAAGCACUGGCAUAUCAUCAGGAAAGUCUGGCAAUGAGCAGAUUAAUCCACCAGGACAAUCCUAACUCAGAUGUUGCUAAAUCACUAUACAGCAUAGGCAAUGUUUAUGCUCAGAUGGGAGAUAAGACUAUUGCACUGGAAUAUCAUCAGGAAAGUCUGGCAAUGAGCAGAUUAAUCCACCAGGACAACCCUAACACCAAUGUUGCUAGUUCACUAUACAACAUAGGCAAUGUUUAUGCUGAGAUGGGAGAUAAGACUAAAGCACUGGCAUAUCAUCAGGAAAGUCUGGCAAUGAGCAGAUUAAUCCACCAGGACAAUCCUAACUCAGAUGUUGCUAAAUCACUAUACAGCAUAGGCAAUGUUUAUGCUGAGUUGGGAGAUAAGACUAUUGCACUGGAAUAUCAUCAGGAAAGUCUGACAAUGAGCAGAUUAAUCUACCAGGACAACCCUAACACCGAUGUUGCUAGUUCACUUUACAGCAUAGGCAAUGUUUAUGCUGAGAUGGGAGAUAAGACUAAAGCACUGGCAUAUCAUCAGGAAAGUCUGGCAAUGAGCAGAUUAAUCCACCAGGACAAUCCUAACUCAGAUGUUGCUAAAUCACUAUACAGCAUGGGCAAUGUUUAUGCUGAGAUGGGAGAUAAGACUAAAGCACUGGAAUAUCAUCAGGAAAGUCUGGCAAUGAGCAGAUUAAUCCACCAGGACAACCCUAACCUGGAUGUUGCUAGUUCACUAUUCAGCAUAGGCAAUGUUUAUGCUGAGAUGGGAGAUAAGACUAAAGUACUGGAAUAUCAUCAGGAAAGUCUGGCAAUAUAUAAAGAAAUCCACUGUGAUAAUAAUCACCCAGAUGCUACUGAAACACAGGGAAAGAUAGGUACCAUACUUCAUAACAUGGGGGAGUAUGCAGAAGCCUCAUGCUACUUUAUUGAGAGUCUCAACAUUUCCUGAGAAUGGGAAAAACUGUGUAUAUGUAAGGAUAUGUUAUUCCUGAACAGCACAUUACAGACAAAUAAGCUUUAGUGUGAUCCAAUCUGCA